UUUUUUUUUAAAAUCACAUUUCCCAAACAAUUCAAAGAAAGUAAAUAAAAGAAAGAAAAAAAAGCAUGGACAAAAUUCCUGAACACCGUACCCAGAAUUUCAAAGCCAAGAAUGCCUUCAAACCAGAAGAACUGAGGCGUAACCGGAAUGAACUUAAUGUUGAACUUCGCAAACAAAAGCGUGAAGAAAACUUGUCCAAGCGUCGCAAUCUAGCCAUCGCAGCUGAAUCAGAAUCAGAAGAUGAGAGUAUCGCUGCGGCAAACCACCAGCUCCACGAGCAGCUGCCUUCUAUGAUCCAGGGAGUAAUGUCAGAGAACGUUGAAGAACAGCUUGCUGCCAUCACUCGCUUCCGUAAGCUUCUUUCCAAAGAAACUAAUCCUCCUAUUGAUGAAGUUAUCCGCUGCGGAGUUGUUCCUCGAUUCGUAGAGUUCUUACGCUCUCCGCACUCAGUUGUUCAAUUUGAGGCUGCUUGGGCAUUGACCAAUAUUGCGUCGGGCACAACUACGCAAACUAAUUUUGUUGUCGAAACAGGAGCUGUGCCUCUGUUCGUUGAGUUGUUGAGCAGCCCUGUUGCUGAUGUCAAGGAACAGGCUGUUUGGGCGCUUGGAAAUAUUGCUGGAGACAGCCCCCGCUGUCGUGAUAUUGUUCUUCAUGCAAACGCAUUGAUGCCUUUACUUAAUAUUAUUCACGAAAACAACAAGAUCUCAAUGCUCAUGAAUGCUACCUGGACUCUCUCAAACUUUUGCCGUGGAAAGAACCCCCCUCCAGACUGGGAUCUGAUUCACCCCGCUCUUGAAGUUCUUGCAAAACUGAUCCAUGCAACUGAUGAUGAGGUGCUAAUCGACUCUUGCUGGGCCUUGUCCUAUCUUUCUGAUGGUACCAAUGAAAAGAUUCAAGCUGUUAUUGAGUCAGGUGUCUGUCGUCGUCUAGUGGAGUUGCUUAUGCACCCUCUGCCAUCUGUUCAGACCCCGGCUCUCCGUUCAGUUGGAAACAUCGUCACUGGAGAUCACCGCCAGACCCAGGUGAUUAUCAACUGUGGAGCCCUUCAGGCACUUUUGGCACUUCUUUCCAGCCCAAAAGAAAACAUUCGGAAGGAGGCAUGCUGGACUAUCUCCAAUAUUACAGCAGGAACCUGCGAUCAAAUCCAGAGCGUAAUUCACGCCAACCUUAUCCCUCCACUUAUCAACAUUCUUAAAAAUGCAGACUUCAAAACCAAGAAGGAAGCUUGCUGGGCAAUCUCAAAUGCUACUUCUGGAGCCUCCAGCAAACCCGAUCAGAUCAAAUACCUUGUUGACCAGGGAUGUAUCAAGCCUCUUUGUGAUAUUCUGGUCUGCAUGGAUAAUAAGAUUAUUCACGUUGCUUUGGAUGGCCUAGAGAAUAUUUUGGAGGUUGGGGAGGCGGAAAAGGAGCAGAACGGUGGUGUCAACCAGUACAGUCUGUACAUUGAGGACUGUGGUGGUAUGGAGAAGAUUCACAGCUUACAGGCACACGAUAACGUUGAGAUCUAUAGGAAAGCAUAUCACAUCAUUGACAAGUUCUUUGCAGAGGAAGAGGAGGAGGACACUGGAUUGGCUCCUCAGAUCGAUGCUCAAACAGGCACCUUUAAUUUUAACGCCAACCUUCCUCAGGGUGGGUUCACAUUUGAUCCCAACAGUAUGCAGUAAAAAAAAAAAAAAAAAAAAAAAAAAA